AUGGAUCCCCUCCCGAAUGCGAAGCCUCAGUGCGGUGGAGGCCAAGAGCCAGGGGAAUAUGACCUGCCCCUUCACGUGGCAGCCCUGUUUCUGGUGUUGGCGGCGUCAAUUUUUGGUGCCGGCUUUCCCGUCGUGGCUAAGAAAGUCAAGUGGCUCAAGGUCCCUCCCAAGGUUUUCUUUGCUUGCAAACAUUUUGGUACCGGCGUUUUGGUUGCUACGGCGUUUGUUCAUCUCUUGCCCACGGCUUUCGCAAGCCUGACGGACCCGUGUCUGCCCGACCUCUUCACCGACCAAUACCCGGCCAUGCCCGGUGUCAUCAUGAUGGCCGCCAUGUUCGCACUCUUCACGGUCGAGAUGUACCUCCACGCCAAGACCGGCGGUCACUCCCAUGGCGGCCCAACCGGCGAUGUCACCGCUCACCGCCCGCGGCCCACGGCAGUCCAGCAACAGCAGCCUCCCGUCCGCCCGGCCCGUCAGUUUCGCAACACCUUCGAUGCCGAUGACGAGGAGAGCCUUUACUUUGAGAAGAAGGUCGCCAUGGCCACAUACAACCAGGAGAAAGGGGAUCGUUAUCCUUACGUCAACGACCCUUUCCGCGAUCCCAACAACGUUGUUGCCCCACCUCCGGACUCGGAGAUGCCCCCUUGGUUCGUCGUGUUCUACGAGCAGUAUGUCCGCCAACGCCUCGAGAUGAUGAACAUGAUCAACGCCUCGCAGGGACACACGAACGAGAAGAGCGCUGCGAGUCGUGUCUCCGUCGUUCCCGUUCCUGCUAUCGAGGGUCACCUUGACGCCGAAGGUCAGAUGGUUGACCCUGCCGUGUAUCGGAAGAUGUCAAUGAACAUUACGCUACUGGAGGGCGGUAUCCUGUUUCACUCCAUCUUUGUUGGCAUCACCAUUUCGCUCACCAUUGACGGGUUCAUAAUCUUGGUCGUCGCCAUCAUCUUCCACCAGAUGUUUGAGGGUCUCGGUCUUGGCUCACGUAUCGCAGAGGUGCCCUACCCCCAAGGGAGCGUACGGCCAUGGCUACUAGUUGUUGCCUUUGGCACCACGGCACCCAUCGGUCAGGCUAUCGGUCUGGUGGCGAGGGGCAGCUACGACCCCAGCAGUGCCUUUGGUCUCAUUAUUGUCGGCGUCUUCAAUGCUAUAUCUUCUGGUCUCUUGCUCUAUGCCGCUCUGGUGGAUCUACUCGCCGAAGACUUCCUGUCAGAGGAGGCUGAUCUCCUGAUGACCAAGAAGGACAAGAGGGUAGCCUUUGCAUGGGUUUUGCUGGGCGCCGCCGGCAUGUCCGUGGUCGGUGCCUUUGCGUAA